CCCCGGCGCGCUCCCGCCCGUAAGCGCGGCUCCCCGGCGGGCGGCGCAUGCGCGGCGCGGCCAGCGGGCUGACGGGAGCCGCCGGCGGGACAGUUGAGUGCCGAGGCGGCGGCGGCGGCAGGGGCAGCGACGGAGAGCAAUACAACUCAAUAUGAGGCGAUCAGCAGCUCCAAGUCAAGUGGUAGGAAAUGUAACCAAAAAGCCAAGGUUUAUUCCACCAGGAAAAGCUACCACAGUUCAUCUCAAGAAUGAACCUAAGGAGAUGGACCAAGAAAUGAAAUUAAAGGAGAUAGAUGACAUAAAGGGAAGUGCUUCUCCACUUUCCAAAAUAUAUGACCAGAAUCAAAAUGCAAAUUUUACACAAUCUGUGGAGUCAACUGUUAAAGGAAGGACUACAAAAAAACGUUUCAGCAUUAGUAAGUGCAGCAAGGUGGAAAUGGAAACACUAAAUACACCCAAAGCAGAUGCACUGUGCUUGUCAACAUCAGGGACAGCAAAGGAAGAAGCAGCUCAGGGAGAACCUGGCUGCCUUGUGAAAUAUUUCAGUGUUGUAUGGUGUAAGGCAUCAAAGAAGAAGCACAAGAAGUGGGAAGGUGAUGCUGUUCUCAUUGCAAAAGGAAAGUCAGUAAUACUGAAAGAUAUGGAAGGCAAAGACAUUGGAAGAGGUACUGGAUAUAAAUCUAAAGUGCUAGAGAGUCUUGAUGAAGGUCAGACACUGAUGGUUGGAGGAAAAGAAAUUGAAGUGAUGGGUGUAAUUUCAGCAGAGGACUUCAGCAGUGGCAGAUGCUUCCAAGCUGGAACAGGGACUUGUGACACAAUCCCAGUGACUUUAUCUCAAACCAGUCUGAAACCAUUCAAAACUGUCUGUCAAGCCAGUACUAAAGAGAAUAUCCUCAGAGAUCCUCAAAGCUGCAAACCUCGCCACGAUCCAAAUGCUUCAAAUUCCCUUGUUAUGCCAAAACCAAGUGCCAGCCAUCAGUGGCUGUUCAAUAAGGCUGGUCUACCUGUGGUGGAUGUAGUUGUGGAUCCUUACAUUGCACAUAAUCUCCGACCGCAUCAGAGAGAAGGAAUUCUCUUUCUAUAUGAAUGUGUGAUGGGAAUGAGGAUCAGUGGCAGAUUUGGAGCCAUUCUUGCUGAUGAAAUGGGCUUAGGCAAAACCUUGCAGUGCAUCGCUCUUGUCUGGACCCUUCUGCGCCAAGGAGCCUACGGAUGCAAACCUGUGCUCAAGAGAGCUCUGAUUGUCACCCCUGGGAGCCUGGUCAAAAACUGGAAAAAGGAAUUUCAGAAAUGGUUGGGAAGUGAAAGGAUCAAAGUCUUUACAGUUGAUCAGGACCAUAAAGUAGAAGAAUUCAUCAGUUCCCCUCUCUAUUCAGUUCUGAUCAUCAGUUAUGAGAUGCUGCUGAGAUGUUUGGACCAGAUUCAGGCUGUGGAGUUCAACCUUCUCAUCUGUGAUGAAGGACAUCGUCUGAAAAACAGCUCCAUUAAGACAACCACAGCCCUCACUGGUCUCUCCUGUGAGAGGAGAAUUAUCCUUACUGGCACUCCAAUCCAAAAUGACUUGCAAGAGUUUUAUGCACUAAUAGAGUUUGUGAAUCCAGGAAUACUUGGUUCUCUAGCCACAUAUAGAAAGAUAUAUGAGGAACCAAUUGUCAAGUCCAGAGAACCUUCAGCGACAAAGGAGGAAAAGGAAUUGGGAGAAAAACGAGCAGCAGAACUCACACGUCUCACUGGGCUCUUCAUCCUGAGGAGAACACAGGAGGUUAUAAACCAGUUUCUGCCCCCCAAAAAGGAGAGCAUCAUCUUCUGCCUGCCAUCAGCACUGCAACUGGAAUUGUAUCGGAAACUGCUUAGCUCUCAAGUUAUUAGGUCCUGUCUGCAAGGCAGGCUGGAAAACAGCCCUCACCUAGUCUGUAUAGGUGCUCUGAAAAAGCUCUGCAAUCAUCCAUGUCUUCUGUUUAAAGCUCUAAAGGAAAAAAGUUGUGAUCCUGUGUCUGAUGAGCAGGAGGAGUCCAGCCUCUAUGAAGGUGUGAUAGAUGUCUUUCCACAAGAUUACACUUCAGACACUUGCUCUGAAACUGAUUCAGGAAAGCUGCAGGUGCUGGUGAAGUUGCUAGCAGCAAUUCAUGAACUGAGCUCUUCUGAAAGGGUUGUGCUGGUCUCCAAUUACACUCAGACAUUAAACAUCUUACAAGAGACAUGCAAACGUUAUGGAUACUCUUACACUAGGCUGGAUGGACAUACUCCUGUCUCCCAGAGACAACAGAUUGUUGAUGCUUUUAACAGUAAAUUCAGCUCAGCUUUUGUCUUUUUGCUGAGUUCAAAGGCUGGUGGAGUAGGACUGAAUCUGGUUGGAGCCUCUCAUUUGAUCCUGUACGAUAUCGACUGGAACCCAGCUACGGACAUUCAGGCCAUGGCCAGAGUGUGGAGAGAUGGUCAGAAACAUACCGUACACAUCUACAGGCUGCUAACCACAGGCUCAAUAGAAGAAAAGAUUUACCAAAGACAGAUCAGCAAACAAGACCUUUCUGGGGCAGUUGUGGACCUUUCCAAGACAUCUGAACACAUCCAUUUUUCUGUCGAGGAGCUUAAGGAUCUCUUUACUCUUCAUGAAAAUUCCAGUUGUGUUACCCAUGACUUGCUUGAGUGUGACUGCAUGGGAAGGAGUGAGUUGCAAAAUUCUUCCACAGAAGAGCCUUCUGUAUCCAGAAGUUGCCAGCUUGGCCAAAACCAUGUGAAGCCUAACUCAAAGAAACCACUUUCUAUGUCACAGCUGAUGCAAUGGAAACAUUUCUCUGGGCAGUAUCAGACUCUUGAUGACCCUUUCCUUGAAAGGAUAAAAGAGAAUGUUUCUUUCUUUUUCCACAAUGUAACCAAUUCAGCUUCUCUCUCCUGUUAAACCUCAGUGUCUUCCCCUUAUCAUUUGCAUCCUCCUCUUCUGAGGGGUGGCAAACAACUGAUGUGCAGUUACCUUUUGUUCUUGUGGCCAAGCUCAUUGUGUGUUUCUGAUGAGGUUUUGGGGCAUUCCCACAAAGUGUUCAUCCAGAGUGACAGUUUCUAGCAAGUUGAUCACACUUGCUCUAAUCAUAACACAGAUUGUACAACCUAACUUUGCUUUCCAGGCUUCUGUUCCUUUGGGAUCAGCAGCAGCAAGAUGGUUUAGGUACACACUUCUGUCUGUAUCUGCUUUGGUUUAUGGUUGUGCCUUUGGUCAGAAUGAUUUAUUGCAUGCAGCACUGGCAGCUCUUCAGCCACCUGAGGCAAUGCUGUGGAUGUGUUUGUGCUGUUAGCAAGCCUCUGGUUGGCAUUUUGGUUGGACAAUGGAAAGUGACAUCUGUCUGACUGUGGCUUUACAACAAGGUAGGAGUUUGCUGGCUGAAAGGGACAGUGUAGUGAAACUCAGAACAGUAGCCACUGAGGUCUCAGAUUCUAAGGCCACAGCUUGAUGCAGUGUCAGAGUGUUCUGGAAUUCUCCUUACUGCCUUUACUCAGGAGAAUAAAAGCUUUUAUUUCUCACACACACAAA